UAUAUAUAUACAUAUAUAAAAUUGAAGAAAGAAACAGCAAAAGAGAGAAAAAGCUACCUAUUCUUACUGUUGUUUUUAAGCAGCUUCAAUUCCAGUUUCAAUGUCUUUCUUCGUCGCCUACCUCUAAUCAAAUUCCCUUAUAUUGGGAUAUUCCUUUUUAUCAUUCAAUACCCCCAAAACCCAUUUCUGAAAAUACAGCAGCGCCCUGUAUUUUUUUCUAGCCUUUUUAAUGUACUUCCCAUGGGGUUUAAGCCUUUCUUCUUUGUAAAGCACCCAGAUUCGUGAACUUUGCCACAAACCCAUUGCUCAACGAGGAAGAGGACAAUAUCGGACAAGAUAGGUAUUGUGUAGGGUACUGAGGAGUUGGUGUAGGGUUGGCUCGACCCCAUGACUUAUGACAUAUAGGUCAUUCAUGGUGGAGGAUUCUACUGCUUGAGCUAGCGACCGGGGACAAUACCGGUCUUGUUGAGGGUUUUUAACCCGAAACAAUGAGCAAUAUUGGUAUAUGAUACCUUUAAUGGAUUUAGCCCUAUAUGUUCAUAGGAAGAGGAGUAUAUCACACAAGUCGGGAACUGUUCACGGGUUUUUGUCUCCCGACUCCACUGAAAGCCCUUGUGGGUUCAUAGAAUGAGAGUAUCUUGGAAUGCUUCAACAGGCGAAACCAUGGAAACUGAAGAGUUUGUGUAGGUUGGACUCGACCCCAUGUCUUAUGGCAUAUAGGUCAUUCAUGGUGGAGAAUUCUACCGCUUGAGCUAGUGACCAGGGACAAUACCGGUCUUGUUGAGGAUCUUUUAACCCUAAACAGUGUGCAAUAUUGGCAUAUGAUUACUUUAUUGGGUUUAGUCUUUUUUUUUAACCCUAAAACUUGGUUGUUUUUCUUUCAUAAACUGAUUAAUACGAUGAAUAAAUGCAAUAUUUUGAUGUUUUUCGUUGUUAGAUGCAGAUUGUGUUGUUUUAAGGUCUCUCGGUGUUAGAAUGGCGUCUGAUCUGAACAGAACCUUGUCGAGGACAUACAUUGGUCUGCAGUUGUGGGUGCUUAUUGUUAUUUGCUUGGCAGUGAUUUUUUUAGUUAUCCUCGGCGUAUCUUUAUGGCUUAGUUUUCGAAACAAAUCCCGAAGGGCUAAUGACAUUCUUCCUAUAAGGCAAGAAUCUUAUAUUUUAGAGGUAAUUAAAGAGAUAAGUGUUGAUCAAUUUUCAGCAACCAACGGUGGCCUGGAUGCGCUUAAUGAUAAACUUGGCGACAGAGGUUCGGAAAAGAUUCGAUUUAAUGUAGAUAAUGAAGAUAAUCGUGGCCAAUCGAAUUCUUUUAAUCAUUUAGAGAAAGAUGUUAAAGGGCCUCAACUAGGAGAACAGGAAGGCACUGGUGCGGUUUCCACAUACAGACCUACUUCACAUCCUUUGACUGAUCCUUCACCUUUGUUUGGCCUGCCCGAAUUUUCGCACCUUGGGUGGGGUCAUUGGUUGACUCUAAGAGACCUACAACUUGCAACUAACCAGUUUUCAAAGGAUAAUAUUAUCGGUGAUGGUGGGUAUGGAGUUGUUUAUAGAGGCAAUCUGAUUAAUGGAACUACGGUUGCCGUCAAAAAGCUCCUUAACAAUCCGGGACAAGCUGACAAGGAUUUCAGGGUGGAAGUUGAAGCCAUAGGCCACGUGCGGCAUAAGAACUUAGUUCGACUUCUUGGAUACUGCAUCGAGGGAACUCAAAGGAUGUUGGUCUAUGAAUACGUCAAUAAUGGGAAUUUGGAGCAAUGGCUCCGAGGUGAUAUGUGUCACAAGGGAUAUCUUACUUGGGAUGCUCGUAUAAAGAUUCUUCUCGGUACUGCCAAGGCGUUGGCUUAUUUGCAUGAGGCUAUUGAACCGAAAGUUGUACAUAGAGACAUAAAAUCAAGUAAUAUAUUGAUUGAUGAGAACUUUGAUGCUAAGAUAUCCGAUUUUGGUCUGGCCAAAUUGCUAGGCGAUGGGAAAAGUCAUAUUGCAACUAGAGUUAUGGGUACCUUCGGUUAUGUUGCCCCAGAAUAUGCCAACUCUGGUCUCCUAAAUGAGAAGAGUGAUGUUUAUAGCUUUGGUGUUGUGCUCUUAGAAGCAAUUACCGGAAGGUACCCGGUAGAUUAUGGUCGCCCUCAGCCAGAGGUAAAUAUGGUUGAGUGGCUAAAGAUGAUGGUUCAACUCAGACGCUUCGAGGAAGUAGUAGACCCUAACAUUGAGACUAGACCGCAAACUAGUGCUCUCAAACGAGUUUUGUUGGCUGCAUUGAGAUGUGUUGAUACCGAUGCUGAUAAAAGACCAAAAAUGAGCCAGGUUGCUCGCAUGCUUGAAUCAGAGGAGUAUCCGGUGCCUCGAGAGGAUAGAAGACGCCAAAAGAAUCUGGUUGUUAAUUCAGAUGCUGAUCCGGAUUCAACUGUAGCUUGAUACCUUGGAAUGGCCUGUAGUUGAGAGAUGGAGGAAUAUUUUUUCAGAAUUGAUUUGCAGAUUGUAGGUAACAUUUGUUUGUGUCCGGAAAUAACAUCAUCAAGAGACACUGUUGCCGUAGAUUUUCUGUACAGUUCUGUAUUGAUUGUGUGGUAAUCUAUAUUUUCGUUAAUUCGGUUUGGUUUUUGUCCUUAGUUCACUUUGAUGAAUAUUUUGUUACUCCGACCAAUUCCUGAUAGAACAUAGGUGUGUAAGCUAUGUUUGCAUCUCUAAUGUGAAGCCGAUAAUUAGCCGACGAGUAGUGCUCAAAGGAGGCUGAAGAAGUUUGAACCAUUUUUGCGAGGAAAACAUUCGGUCACCUACCGUAGAACAGUCUUGAGAAAAAAGAAUUGGUGUUUCAUUGUGAAAACUUUCGGCUAUAACUUUCUUUGGGAGCAAGCUCGAGCUUGACUCAGAAAUUCAAGGCUCCAUAUUCAACUUAAAUUCGAUCAAAUGUCAAUUUUUAUGUUUGAGUUUGGCUCGGGAUUUAAUCAAGCAAUUUAAGUUUAAGCUUGAUUAAGCUAGUUAACGAAUUUUAUGCUCAGGCUCAAAUUCGAGCUUGAUUAAACUCAUUCUAUGUAUUAAGAGUAAAAUGUAAUGUAAUAAUAUAAUAUAUUAAAAUGAAGAUUUUGAUUAGAUUCAUAA